ACAAAUUUAGAUAAGGCUCAUGGGCAUUUUAAGGCAGUAUAACAACGAGAUCAUUAUCGGCCACAACGUUGGCCCCCAUGAAUACAACGCCUCCACAUACGCUAUUAAGCUAUACCCGGCAACGUUGGGUCUGUCGAGCGCCGACUUCUACCAAAACACGACUGGCCGUCAAUACAAGGCUUACCAUAAGCUGAUGGUAGAGUACACUCGACUACUAAACGCCCCGAACCUGACCAUUGAGGCCGACAUAACUGAGUUACUGUUGUUUGAGUCAAAACUGGCCAACAUUUCGCGG